CGUUUGUGACGCACUUUCAUCCAUUUCCGUCGCCCGUAUCUUGUUGUGGCGGGAGAUCAUACCCGCGUGGUCGGAACGACACCACUAACACCAUGGCAGCGCAACAGAAUGGUUCUGCCCACACGAAUGGAGUCGCUAACGGCCCGGCGAGUGUUAAGCGAUCUGAACCAGAAGGAGAGUUCAGCUUUAGCGCAGAACCAAGUUUGGAGCAUAUCAGGCGACUGCAGGCUGAGUUCACGGCCGAGCGUGACUGGAGCCAGUUCCACCAGCCCAGAAACCUGCUGCUGGCUCUAGUGGGAGAGGUAGGGGAGCUGGCUGAACUGUUCCAGUGGCGCGGGGAGGUGGCUGAGGGCCUGCCAGACUGGAGCGACGCAGACCGGGAGAGGGUCUCCCAGGAGCUCAGCGAUGUGUGUAUUUAUCUGGUGGAACUGGCAGAGAAGUGCAGGGUCGACCUACCACAGGCUGUGCUGCAAAAGAUGGAGCUCAACCGGAGAAAAUACCCAGCUAGCAAAGUGCACGGAUCGUCUAAGAAAUAUACGGAGUACACGGACUGAGUGUGCUACAUGUACAUUCACCUAGCUACGAAGAGCUGCUGCUGGAUGCUAGAUACUUUCCCAUCCCCUCACACUGGGAUAUUUUAAUGGUCUAACUUCCUCUUAGUUUUAUCCACAGGUUGUGGACAGACCUUGAGUGCGAUUCCACUUUCCACAGUGACUUCUUUUAAUAAUUCAAACCUUAAGCACUCUUACUUUUAUCUGCAUUUUAUGGACCUGAAUAGGACUUAUGUAUUUGUGCUUGUGGACUAGUUGAGCCACAGCACUGUGCUUUUUUUUUCUCUCUCAUAAGUGCCAGUUGAACCCAGUAUGGACAUGCAAGACUAAGCUUAGGGCUCAUGCUUUUCUCCUAGUGUUCUACUUUAAAUAUCUUCUGCAUGACGAUCUGUUUAAAAUGACCAGAGAUUACUGUUUAUAUCUGUAAGAGCCACAGGGUUCAUUAUCUUUGCUUUAUGUGAAUUGGAGAAAAUUGAUCAUACACGUUUGGUGUGUUUUACCAGUACAAAGUUUAAACUAAAACUACAGUUGGGGCAACAUGUUUUCUGCCAAUAAACUGUUGUGGUUCCUUACAGUGCA